UUAAAUGGAAUAAUCCAAGUUAUAUGAAAUUGCAACAAUUGAUGCGCUAUAUGUUUAUAAUUCUUACAUCUUUAAGGUGAUACAUUGUGCAUGCCUGACCAGUUUCAGUGUGAACAAGGUGACUGCAUACAUAUCAGUCAAAUGUGUAAUUUUGUACCAGACUGUAUCGAUCUGUCAGAUGAAAAUUGUGAUUUUGCAGAAUGUUUAGAUACAGAAUAUAGGUGUGAUAAUGGACAGUGUAUACCUUCUAAAAGUCAUUGUGACUCUGUACGGGACUGUCAUGAUGGUAGUGAUGAGAUAUUAUGCGAAUCAUGUAAGACAGAGAAGGCGUUCCAUUGUGACGUGGCAAGAUGUAUUCCGCUUCGGUUACGUUGUGACAAAUACAGAGAUUGUAAAGAUGGAGCUGAUGAGGAAAAUUGCGUUGACAAAUUUUAUACGUCAUGCCAAGAGUGGUGGGAAAAUGGUUUUAGAACUUCUGGCGUUUAUCUUGUCGGUAAGGUCUUACUAGGUUCCAACAAUAAUUUUUAAAACACAUUGCUAACUUCUGAAGCUGGUGUUUGUUAUUUUCUUCACUGUUUAUAAUCCGUUUCAAUUCCAUUAACAUAAUUGUUAAGUUCUUCCUUAGUUGAA